GUCCACGCUGAAGCGAGCAGGGCCGCCGCCGCUGCCUCCCAAGCCAAGAAUAAACAGUUACCCCGAGGAGAACCUGCCAGAUGAUGAGAAGUCUCAGACAAUAAAGCAUUUUCCUGACUCGCAAAGCAGAGCCCCGCCAGCCCAUAGGAGACAGAGCAUUCCUGUUUGCGGGCCUCAGCCCGAUUCCUCCCCCAUUGGUAUGACCAGCAGCAUCAGCAGCCCGGGAUUGCUUACAGCUAGAUACAGCGACUUGGGGAACGGGGAUGGCGUGCUGAAACUCAUUGAAGAAAAUGUGGAAGGGUCUGGACAAAUCCCUCAGCUGCCACGUAAAAAGGAGAGACGAGACUUCCCCAAGCCGGCGAUCAAUGGUUUACCUCCAACACCGAAGGUGCUGAUGGGAGCGUGUUUUUCCAAAGUCUUUGAUGGUUGCCCUUUGAAGAUUAAUUGUGCGACAUCAUGGAUACACCCGGAUACUAAAGACCAGUACAUUAUCUUUGGAACUGAAGAAGGUAUCUAUACAUUGAAUUUGAACGAGCUUCAUGAAGCCACGAUGGAACAGUUAUUCCCCCGAAAGUGCACCUGGUUGUACGUUAUCAAUAACACCUUAAUGUCAUUGUCAGAAGGGAAAACAUUCCAGCUCUACUCCCAUAAUUUAAUAGCUUUGUUUGAACAAGCCAAAAAAACAGGAUUAGCUGCUCAUAUUCAAACUCAUAGGUUUCCUGACAAAAUAUUACCAAGGAAGUUUGCCUUAACGACAAAGAUUCCUGAUACAAAAGGAUGCCACAAAUGCUGUAUAGUAAGAAAUCCAUACACAGGACAUAAGUAUCUGUGUGGAGCACUACAGUCUGGGAUCGUCCUUCUACAGUGGUAUGAGCCGAUGCAGAAAUUCAUGUUAAUAAAGCACUUUGAUUUUCCUUUGCCAAGUCCCUUGAACGUGUUUGAAAUGCUAGUGAUACCGGAGCAGGAGUACCCCAUGGUCUGUGUAGCCAUCAGCAAGGGCACUGAAGCAAAUCAAGUAGUUCAGUUCGAGACAAUCAACCUGAACUCUGCGUCCUCGUGGUUUACGGAGAUCGGAGCAGGCAAUCAGCAGCUCGAUGCCAUUCACGUAACGCAACUGGAGAGAGACACCGUCCUGGUCUGCCUGGACAAAUUUGUGAAAAUUGUGAAUUUGCAAGGGAAGUUGAAGUCAAGCAAGAAGUUGGCAUCUGAGCUGAGCUUUGAUUUCUGCAUCGAAUCAGUGG